AUGUCGUCCUCCGUUGCGUUUCACAAGACAAUAAGAACGCUAAUUCAAUUGUCCAGCAUCCUCAAAUACGGUCCUUGGAGGGUCCAAACUCAGGAACGCCAGCGCAAAGAGGGAAAGAGAAUAAAGGGUCAACGACUUUGGGCCGGUGCUUUUGUCGCCGCCUCUUUCUUCCUCCUUCGACGGUUCAAAGGAGGGAAACGGUGUCUUCCAUCGAACUCUCUACAACGUCGCCGCGCUGGAUCUCAUUCAAGAUCGACAAUGUUUAAACUUCCUUCUCGUGACGGUCCGCGUCCACCCUUGCAUGGCUGGCGUAUCGGUGUUCUCAUCAACGCUCUGAUCUGGUGUGUGCUGGCGGCGUCGUUUGGGUUGUCGGCAUUGGUAAAGGCAGACCACGACAAGGAAGAGCUCCUUCGCGCUGUUUCCCCGCCUGCCGUGGUCACGAUCAAUACUCAAGACUUCCUGAUCCCAGGAAAGUUGACCACCGUCGCCUGCUUCCUCGUCAUCGCCCUCGCGCUCAUCUGCGUUCCGUACACCAUCUUCCGACCACGACAGACCCUCGGAAGUCUUACAUUCCAAGCAGUGGGCUUACUCUCGCUUUCUAUCUGGCUACUAGCGACAACCAUCGCGGAGAGCGUCAUUUUCUCGAAUCGUCGAGCGAGGAUCACCGUAUUCGUGGACGGCCAGGUGGCGCCUAACAGUGACCAGCUGGUCCAAGCUUCGUUGACAGCUCUCGGGCUGACCAAUAUAUACAAGCGGAUUCAGUAUCUGAGACUCGCUAUUGUCUUCCCAUGGUUCGCGUUCGUCGCGACCGCAUUGGCCACCGUCCUCUUCAUGGCCGUGUUAAUCGAAUAUCGGGAAGACGAGCUGGACCCGGAGGCCCGUACACCGUACGCCUUCUCUAACUCCAAGAAGACUGGAAGCCGGGGCUCCAAACCCAAACUCAACAAUAAUGGUAUUACCGAAGUUCCCAACGGGGAGAAAGCUCCUGUCGCCUUCGACUCUUCGGCGCCUAUCGCAGGUCCGGGUGCUGUCCCGCGGUCGGCCUCUGGCGUAGCUGAUGGGAAUGGGAUUCAAGAGCAGCGAGUGGUCUGA